CCGGGCUCGCCUUGGCAACGGGGGGACGCGUGUCUGCGGUAAAGUGAAAGAACUUGUGAUGUUUUACUCUGAUCUUCAUCACACACCCUGAGGAAUAAACACAAGAGCAACCCCGGGGUUAAGUCACGGUUCUGUCAGAGGUGUGUGUGACAUGCGGGAGGCGUGGUGAGACUGCUCUACAGCAGCAUGGGGAAACUGCAGAGUAAACUGCGCCGCCGCUCUGACCUCUACAGAGCCAGAGAGGGGGCGGAGUCUACACCCGUAGCCCAGGUGGUGCAGUACGAGCCUGCCCACUCUGACGCUGUCAACUGUGUCACCUCGUUGACCUCUGACCUGUGUGUGUCGGGUGGGAGCGACCAGGUGGUGGUGGUGUAUGACUGGAGAGCAGGAAAGGUCUGCAGAUGUUUCCAUGGCCACAGCAAGGAGAUCACCAAGCUGGGUUGUUUUGCAGGCAGUACGUGGAUCUUCAGUGCGUCUCGUGAUAAGUCAGUGUUGAUGUGGGAUUUCACUGGAGGCCCGAACCCUGUCCAGUCAUUCUGUGGACAUGAACUCGUCGUCAACGGAGUCGCUGUUAGCCCAGACGGGUCGAAGCUGUGCACAGGCUCUCGUGAUAACUCCAUGUGUCUGUGGGAUGUGGAGAGUGGAAAGUGCUUACACAGAAACACCAUCUCACGCAACCUGGUAACUCAUCUGUGCUGGGUUCCUGGAGGAACAUCAAUAGUCCAAACCUCAGAAGAUAAAACCAUCAGAGUGUGGGACAGUCGGACAUGGCAGGUGACGAACACAUUUCCAGCUAAGCAGUACAUCCAGACUCACUGUGAUGUGAGUGUGAACCGCUACCACCUGCUGUCCAGCAGCAACGGCUUCGGGGGUCACGGCUGUGAGGCUACGGUCAGUGUUUGUGGGACCUCAGACAGCCAGGCUGUAAGGUGGUGGAGUACAGAGGACAUGUCCAGACGACGGCCUGCUGUGUGUUCCUGCCCCCAAGCAUCGGCUCUCCUGCACUCGUCGCCUCUUCAUCACACGACAGUUCAGUCAAGAUCUGGGACCAGAACACGGCCGCGUGUUUGUUCACUCUGUCUCUGGACGGCUCAGGGCCGUUAGCCUCGUUAGCUCCGUGUGACUCCAGCACUCUCCUGUGUGCCAGCUAUCACUCAGGUCUCCACCAGCUGCAGCUCUCACAGGGGACGAGUCCCAGCCUCAGGGAGGUGGCACGCUUCUGACCAACGCUAAUGCUAACUUCCUGUCUAGAGCGGGAGGGAACUGGUCACUCAGGGACACGCUGCCAUCAUCCCUCACACACACAGACACACACACACACCAUCAGCACACUGACACUGUAACACCCAGUGGACCUGACAGAAGCUCCGCCCACUUUCCACACUGUCCACCUACUCACAGCAUCAGUGGACAUCACCUCUGUGUGUGUGUGUGUGUUGAACUUUAGCUUAAACACAAAAAAACAAACACCAAGCCAUGAUCUUUCUCUCCUUCCUUCUCUUUUUUUUAAACAAGUUAUGCAAAGAAAUGGCCCGUAUAUUUUAGAACACACACACACACACACAGGUCAGUGGUAUGGAACAGUACAGGAUCUCUACAGCGGUCAGUUAUGGAGAACCUGCUUUGGUUGUUUCCUUUCUCCAUUUCUGCUUUGCAUUUACUAAACCACUAAUGAAUACAAGAACGCUGUACACAAACAGGAAGGGCAUACACACACACACACACAGAGUGAGGCAGUAAAGUCAGUGGGAGAUGUGUUCAGCUACAUCCUGUUUGAUUCAGGACUAACAAUGCAAAUGUUGCUUCAGUACAAAAACCCAUUUGACUCAAUGAAUCAAAUGAAUCAACUGAAUCGACUUGGUGCCAGAAGUGAAUCAGACAUGCCAUGUGUUGUGGGUUCUUUUGUAGAUUUCUUGCAAGCUGCUAAACUGAGCCACAGGACAGAGAUGUAGUGCUGGAGUUUUGGACACACAAAACACACAAAACACUUUAAACUAGUUAUUUAUACAGACUCGAAAAAAACAAACGAUUCAAUCAGCCAAUCAGCUGGCAGCAAUGCAGUGCAGUGCAUCCAGUCACACAGAUGAUUCACUUCAUGCUCACAUCAGAGUGGGGGAAGAGCAAAGUGAUCUCUCAUUGAUCUCUCAUUGAUCUCAGUGAUCUCUCAGUGACGUCAAUGAUCUUUCACUGAUCUUUUGGUGAUCUCUCAGUGAUCUCUCAGUGAUCCCAGUGAUUUCUCUGUGAUCUCUUAGUGAUCUCUCAGUGAUCCUAGUUAUUUCUCAGUGAUCUCUCAGUGAUUUCUCAGUGAUCCCAGUUAUUUCUCAGUGAUCUCUCAGUGAUCCCAGUUAUUUCUCAGUGAUCUCUCAGUGAACCCAGUUAUUUCUCAGUUAUUUCUCAGUGAUCUCUCAGUGAUCCCAGUGAUUUCUCUGUGAUCUCUUAGUGAUCUCUCAGUGAUCCCAGUUAUUUCUCAGUGAUCUCUCAGUGAUUUCUCAGUGAUCCCAGUUAUUUCUCAGUGAUCUCUCAGUGAUCCCAGUUAUUUCUCAGUGAUCUCUCAGUGAUCCCAGUUAUUUCUCAGUGAUCUCUCAGUGAACCCAGUUAUUUCUCAGUUAUUUCUCAGUGAUCUCUCAGUGAUCCCAGUGAUUUCUCUGUGAUCUCUUAGUGAUCUCUCAGUGAUCCCAGUUAUUUCUCAGUGAUCUCUCAGUGAUCUCUCAGUGAUCCCAGUUAUUUCUCAGUGAUCUCUCAGUGAUCCCAGUUAUUUCUCAGUGAUCUCUCAGUGAUCUCUCAGUGAUCCUAGUUAUUUCUCAGUGAUCUCUCAGUGAUCCUAGUUAUUUCUCAGUGAUCUCUCAGUGAUCCCAGUUAUUUCUCAGUGAUCUCUCAGUGAUCUCUCAGUGAUCCUAGUUAUUUCUGAGUGAUCUCUCAGUGAUCCCAGUUAUUUCUCAGUGAUCUCUCAGUGAUCCCAGUUAUUUCUCAGUGAUCUCUCAGUGAUCUCUCAGUGAUCCUAGUUAUUUCUGAGUGAUCUCUCAGUGAUCCCAGUUAUUUCUCUGUGAUCUCUUAGUGAUCUCUCAGUGAUCCCAGUUAUUUCUCAGUGAUCUCUCAGUGAUCCCAGUUAUUUCUCAGUGAUCUCUCAGUGAUCCUAGUUAUUUCUCAGUGAUCUCUCAGUGAUCUCUCAGUGAUCCCAGUUAUUUCUCAGUGAUCUCUCAGUGAACCCAGUUAUUUCUCAGUUAUUUCUCAGUUAUUUCUCAGUGAUCUCUCAGUGAUCUCUUAGUGAUCUCUUAGUGAUCUCUCAGUGAUAUCUCUGUGAUCUCUUAGUGAUCUCUUAGUGAUCUCUUAGUGAUCUCUCAGUGAUCUCUCAGUGAUCUUUUCAUGAUAUCUCAGCAAACUGUUUGUUUUGUGCAAAAGAAAACCCAAAAACAUAAAUGGUUCUUGAAAAAUCUUACCAACUAUUUUGAAGAAUCAACAGGAUUUUCUUGAAAAGUCCACCUUGAAAAUGUAUUUGUAAGGAUGUCCACAACCAAAUCGAUUUCUUCUCCUCUGUCAGCCAUUGUGAGUUAAAAUAUAGAUAUAUAUAUAUAUUAUUCAGCACAACCGUGAGAAAAGCUAUGAAAUGUAGAGAAUAGACUAUUGGGAAUAAUUUAAUACACAUUCAUGGAAAAAUAUAUUAAAUAUAUUAAAAUGCAAGUCAGUGAUUCAGAUCACUGCUGUUUAGGCCAGCAGAGAAGGACUUACUGACCCUGAGGGUCCACCACUGGUAGAAACAUGUGGGAGAAACAGACAGCUCUUAGCUACUUUAGCCUGCUCACACACACACACACACACCACACACUGAUCCGUUACACGUGAAUAAUGUGACUUCAUUUUACACCACACUAUGCUUUAAGAUGGAAUGUAGCAUUUUUUAUUUUAUUUUAUUUUUCCAGCACUGUAAUAGUUUAUGCAAGUGUAAAAAUAAAAAAAUAAACAAUUCCAGAAAUCAUGGAUGUGUUGGAUUUAUUACAUUAUUUAUGAGGAUGAGUAAACAAAACAAAACAAAGGGUUUAGAGAUAGAGGUUAUGGGUCAGAUCGUCUGACACUGGAGACUCCUUCCCUAAAUGUCCACCUGUGAGGAAGCUGUUGCUAUAGAAACAACAACGCAUUAGAAGGAGUGCAUUAAUAUAAAGCUGCCCUGUGGUGUGGUGCUGAUUAUCAUUAUUGGAAUCAGCACUGACCUCUGACCUUUAAAGGUCCUACCACACACACACACACACACACACACACCUCUCUUUGGCUCUUUCUGUCUGUUUGUGUCUGUGUGUCUCUCGGCUAUAUUUGACUACUCUGUGUGUUUCCUGGUGCAUGUUAUUCCUGUAUGCAAAUCUCAGCACACAAACUCCAGAGUACUGAUGCAGGAACAGAGAGAGAGAGAGAGAGAGAAACAGUUUGGACAGAUAUGUAGAGAAGGAGAAACAGUUGAGGAAGGUUUGAUGAAGCGUCCGAGCUGCAGGACACACAGCAAGCCACGAUGGCCGAGGGUCUGUAUGGAGAGAGCUGGAGGUCCAGGUGAGUCAAACAUCACUGCUAUAACCACAGCCGUGUGUGUGUGUGUGUGUGUGUGUUACUGUCACCACUCUAGAUUAUUUUCCACCAACAGCACGUCUCAGAGAGUUUUAUUCUAACUCUCAUCUACAUCACAGUCUUUUAAUUAUUAAACCUCACAUCUCGCUUUUUAUCCAUUUCUGUUUACAUUUAGCUUUUAGCAAAGUCUCAGUGUUAGCCCAUGUCGUCACACAGCUGUAAGAAAAUCCCAACUUUACCUGUUAUAAAGCUCUGACACUGGAGACUCCUUGUACAAGUCCCUGUUACCAUAGAAACAACAACGUAUUAGAAGGAGUGCAUUAAUAUAAAGCUCUGACACUGGAGACUCCUUGUACAAGUCCCUGUUACCAUAGAAACAACAACGUAUUAGAAGGAGUGCAUUAAUAUAAAGCUCUGACACUGGAGACUCCUUGUACAAGUCCCUGUUA